AUGAUUAUAACAGUAUUGCUAGGAAUAUUAUUUUAAGAAGCUCAAAGCAUCAGAUACUAAAUACAAAGGCAUUAAACUAUUAUGGAUCCCAUUCAUGAUAUUCAUCAAGUAGAAUACAGAGUUCAAAUGCAAUUUGGAUCUCAGAAAUAACCGAUGGAGUUGAUUAUUGAUACUGGGUCUUCUGAUCUAUGGAUCCCAUCAAUAGAUGCAAAAGGAUUUCUUAAUAAUGUCAAUCGAUAUGAUUGUAAGGGAAGUUCAACUUGUAUUAAUACUCAUUCCAGUUACUCAGUUUUCUAUGAUGACGGUCCCAUUUCAGGUACAUUGGUUUGGGACUAAGUGUGGAUGCAUAAUAUCAAAUUUAAUUAGUCGUUCCUAUUGAUUGAAAGAGCAAGUGGGAAUAUGGCAUCCAGUGGAGGCAUUCUUGGACUUGGUUUCAAUUCAAAUGCAGCCAAUCCCAAUCCAUCUAUCUUAGAGUCACUUUACUAAUAAAAGCUGAUAUCUAAAAAAUACUUCUCAUUGUAUUUAAAGGAUGAAGGUGAAUUUGGUAGUUAUAUUCUCUUUGGAGGCAUUGAUAUGGAAUUUAUACAAAAGGAUCAAAAGAUAUCUUAUGUACCUCUGAUUUCUGAUACCUCAUAUCUUAUGGGAAUAGAAGGAAUGUCAAUUGAUGAUGAAUUGUUCUCUAUUACAACAGCUCUUGUGGACAGUGGAACCAGUUGUCUUACAGUUCCUGCAGUUGCAAUGGAUGAUAUGUUGCAAGUCUUUGCAGCCAAGGGAGUAGAAUGUUCCUACAGAGUUGAAAACUAUGCACCUUCCUAUUGCACUGUGCAUUGCUUUGUAAAUGCUACAAAUGAACAAGGAAUUAUAGAUUCAUUUCCAAUUAUAAAAAUAAGAGUCAAUAGUUCUUUUGAAUUGCUCCUAAAUCCAUAAGACUAUCUCUAUUCUUGUACAAUCUUAGAUGGCAGCUAAUCGAAAUGUAAUACGAAACUAGAAAGAUCUUAGAGUGAUGACAUCUUAUUGUUAGGCGAUGCUUUCCUACAUAGUUAUUAUACUGUGUUUGAUUAAACAGAUAAGUAGAUGGGGUUUGCGCAUUCAAUAAAUAAUAAGGGUUUGAAACUACAUGUGAAAACAAGACACCUAGUUAAUUUUGCUCAAAUGCUGAUAUUAUAUAUAGCAUUGUUGUUAGUUAUUUGA